AUGAGCAGUGGUGUUAACGGUGUUACUGAUGCUCUGAGGCCUACGGUUGCAUCGGAAUUUGAGAUACCGCGUACGGAGGGAAUGAACACAAUUUCAAGCGGUAACAACGAAGGAAACUGCACGAGUCCGGACCUCUCAAAGGGCUCUUUCCACGAGACUGAUAUGCAUGCUAGCUCGGGCGCUUCACAACAGGCAGUGGCUGCACUCGUUCAGCUGGAAACCGCCCUACAAAACGCUGAGAGUGAUGUCGUUGCCUCAACAACUAGCCCAGGAAUAAGUGUAACGGCCUCAUCUAUCAUCGAUUCUAUGACCCAAGAGGCAAGUCCCGCGGACUCUUUUGGCUUUCGCCGUCGCGGACCCCUUAUGAUUCACCAAGGGAAGCGCGACUCUUCACUUGGUUUGGCUCAGACAAGCCCACUUAUCACCUCAUCGCUGUUGCCGAGUCACUUACUUCGUGGUGCCAUGGUUGCCUCAAAGUCAUCUUCAGUUAGUGUUGCUAUGGCACCAGGUCGUCGCUGGAAGCCAGCUAACCCAUUUCUAACUAACCUUUCGGUGAGCUAA